GGCGUGUGCAAUCCCUGGCCUGGCAGACGGUGUGUGUGUGGAGAGCAGCGUGUUGACGAUCAUGGCGGCGCGGGCGGCGCUGUUCGGGUGGAGGCUCGGACACCGGCGCGGUCUCCUGCAGCGCGAAGGAUGGGGCCCGCUCCCCACGUUCGGCCCCGGAAUCCGCCGGAGUCUCCAGUCCGGCCGCGAGCGGCCCCGCCCCCAAGAGACGGCGUCGGUAGGUCACCAGCCAUCGACAAGUAGUGGCGCGAGUUCCCAGUCGGUCGAGGAACUCCGUCGCCUGAGCCGACGCCUGCAGAAGGUCCACCCGAACGUUCUCGCCAAGGUGCUCCGGAAGAGUGUCACCACCCACGGGCAAGACCUGCUGGCGGUCGACAAACCCUUCGGGGUUCCCAUGUCUGCUGCCCCUGGCGAGGGUCCCAGCAUCGAGGAGGUGCUGCCUGUCCUGGCCAAGAUGAUGUUCGGGAUGAAAGCGCCACCCCUGCACCUCUGUCACCGGCUGGACAAGGACAGCAGCGGGGCCAUGCUGCUGGCCCGGGACCUAUACACGGCACAGGCUGUGCAGCAUCUCUUCAGACAGCACCGGGUCAUCAAGAAAUACUGGGUUAUAACUGUUGGAGUUCCAGUACCACCUGAAGGAGUUAUUGACAUUCCCAUCAUUGAGAGAGAGGUCAGCAGUCCCAGGAAGCAUUUUAAGAUGGCCCUCGCUCCGUUAUUCCGAGUCGGUGAUGUGGAAGGGACCAUGUUGCGGGUGCGUCAGAGCCGAGCUGCGCACAGCGCUGUCACGCAGUACCGUGUUAUGGAAAGUUGUGGAUCCGCUGCCUUGCUGGAGGUGCAGCCACUGACAGGCGUGAAGCACCAGCUGAGGGUCCAUCUCGCUCUGGCGCUCAGUUGUCCCAUCCUUGGAGACCAUAAAUAUUCCAAAUGGAAUAGCCUCCAACCACAGAAACUUCCGGAAGGCAUGCUG